AUGGUUCAUCGGCAGCGGACCGCGGUCGAAGCGUGGGUGCAUCAGCUGCAGCUUGAAGGCAGCAACACCGACGGCGGCAUGUCGCCGCCCGCGGCUCGCGCUGACAAGCGAUUCGACGUCUCGGCCACCGAUUCGGCAUCGGUAAUGGUACCUCCCACCGUUGCCGACGCGGGACUCCGAGAAAACCCUAAAAAUGUCGCGGAAUCAGCACAAGGUUACGAGUCGCCCGCGGCCCGUCCCGCCGCUCAAGAGCUUCCAGAGCUGCUCGAGCGUUCCGCCGAGGCUGCGCGCUUCGCGCAACUGCAGAUUCUCUCCGCCGCGGAAGGAAGGAGCUUCUCCGCGGCGGGCAGAGCCCUCGAAAGCGGAAACUCUCCUCGGGCUUCGCAGGGCUUGCAACUUGCGAGUUCUCCCGCCGUUCCCGCGUCGCCAGGAGGGACCAUGUCGUUUCGCGACGCGCCCUUCCCUGUCGACAAUGCCAUCGCUGCGAUGUCGCACAAUGUCGCAGUUACCAGCCCAAGCUGUCGCACGGUGCCGCUUGUCUCGUCGCCAAAGUCGCCGCCGGGUUCUGCUGCUGUCGUUCCCCUUUCAAUCCCGAAUCGCCGGAUCGGCCAGAAUUUCCGUCAGCCCUCGCGUUUCCACCGGCAACCAGCAGCUCUCGCCACCACAAAAGAUUUCAAAAUGCGCGACACUGAAGGACUUACUAGAGACGCUACCUGCAUCCCUACAAUGGAGGUAGACGGGGAUAAUCUCAAUGCAGAGAUGUUCGGAAUGAUUUCCGCGGGAAAUGCAACCGCCGGCUUUGGCUCGAACACUCUUAACGAAUCAUUUUCUACCGGAUCGCAUUAUCAUGGUCGUCUCAGUCAUGAUACUGGAAGCCACGUGGGCGGCAAUGCGAGAUUCUUGGUGGGUGGCGCCUCAUCAUCACAGGUUCCGGAAAUGACGGAAUGGGCCCAUUCAAGAUCCGGGGACCGUGACGAAACCCAUCUGGAAGAGUUUCUUCGGGGUAUGAUGGGUCGGAGUUCAAAUCCCCAUGCCGGCACAAAUUCAGACGAUAAUGCUUUUGUUCCUGCUCGUCCGGACUUCACCAUUUCGGGAGCGCCGGAGCAAGGGCCACGCCACAUAAGCGGGCUGCAAGAGAAAAUCAGCUUGAAUCCUGAAACGCCGCUGCCCAGUCGCGGAGGCUCGGACUCGAACACAACACGGCUUGUUACCGAGCCUGCAUUGCCAGACAUGAACCCAGCCGCCCAGGAGAGGGGUCCAAGAGGGCACGGCAUCGGCUUAUUAAACGUACCCAGUAGUACAUCGUUAGUCAUUGCCGGAUCGCCACGCGUUGCUGGACCGCCAACUGCCGUCUCUGAUUCACCAAAUCUAUCUGGAUCGCCUUUGGCUGGAUCCGCUGGCCUGUCAAGCUCCAUGCAGAGGCUCUCAGGCGAAAUGGCCUUGGCUGCGAGGAGUGCAGACAGCAGGCGGACCAUGUCACUUCCUGGUGAAAAUUACAUUCCUGCAACUACAAUGCUUGAUCGGGAAGAAGAUGCACUGGUGCAGGAGCUUCUGAGAUCGAACUCCAGAGGAGACCUCACAGGCAUGGGCAUGCUGGUCGAUGGAGGUGGUUUGGAUGGGGGCGGGUCUGCUGCAGCAGUUGGUGUUGCAGCAUCUGUGGGUGGAUCCAGUGAUGGUGGGGAUCCUGCACCGGGCGUAUCCAAUUCCAGUGCCGAUUUGGCAGGCGGGACACAAGCACAGCAAACAGGUCUCGCACGCCAGCUACCAGAUAGCCUUGCGACGGGGGAUUGGCGACCAAGGACCCGGACACGCUUUGAUGCGGAAGCUAAGGAGAGAGGGGCCAUAAAACCGAGAAGCAUGCGCGAGAGGAGGAGACGAGAUAAGAUCAGUGAGGGAUUGCAACAGUUGCGACGGACUCUACCAGCAGGAGCAGUGGGGCCACAAGUAGACACUGCUGCGAUGAUUGAGGUGGCCAUUUCCCAUAUCACACACCUUCAGUCUCAGAUAAACAGUCUGGAGAGUGCGCUUCUGGUCCAGAGCCUGAUGGAGCAAAGGGCUAAUCAAUCGCAGAAGUGA